CGUCAUCGCAUCACUCUUUUGCAACAUUGAAGAGGUGAGAAUGUGAUGACAAUUGAACAGGUAAAUUAAUUCGUAAGUAACAGAUUAACACGGGGAUUCAUACCAUACAUUUUGAAGACACGGCUCAGUGACGGAUGGAGAGUGGGGAUGACGGUGUCCUGCGCUGCCGCAGAACUUUACCUAAGAUGCCCACCAUUUCAGACCUGGAUGACAUAGGUGGAGAGGGCAGCAAUGGAGAGAACCCUUGCAAUGGAGAGAUCCACAGUAAUGGAAAAAUGGAAGUGGAGCAACUCAUCAGCAAGAAACUCCAACUGAAGAGGAAAGCAGAGCACUUGAAGUCUGACCUGAUGAAGCAGUUUGACUCCCAGGUGUUGGAGUUCAUGGACAGUCUGAUAGAGGAGUCGACCAGCCUGGAGCCUGCACCUGUCCCUGCUGUCUUCUCCCCUCCUCUGUCCGAUAAGGAGAGGAGUAAGCUCAGGCAUCUCCGAGGGUCAUCCCAGGGCCUAGGCAAACAGUUUGUGGUCCGGAGGUCCUUGUUAGAUGAGCUGUUUGAAGUGGACCACAUCCGGACCAUCUACCACAUGUUCAUCGCCUUGCUCAUCCUCUUCAUCCUCAGCACCCUGGUGGUUGACUUCAUUGAUGAAGGCAGACUGGUGCUUGACUUUGACCUACUGGUCUACGUAUUUGGACAGUUCCCUCUGGUGGUGAUUACCUGGAUCUGCAUGUUCCUGUCAGUGCUGGUGGUGCCCUAUAGCUUGUUCCACACCUGGGCCUCUCACUACCGUGAGUCCAGGCAUGGGACCAUGUGGUCUCUUCUACUGGGCUCUCUCUUCCUGCUCUACCAGGGCCUGGGCCUGGGCUUCCUGCCCACCUUUGUGGUGGUGACGAACAGCUUUCCCCCUGCAUCCUGCUUCAUCAUCAUCCUGGAACAGGUGCGCCUGAUGAUGAAGGCACACUCCUAUAUCAGGGAGAAUGUCCCCAAAGUUCUGGCUUUGGCUAAAGACAAAUCCAGCUCCUCCCCAGUCAUCCCACAGCCGAGUCACUAUAUCUACUUCCUCUUUGCUCCCACCCUUAUUUACAGAGAUAAAUAUCCCAGGAAUCCCAUCAUCAGGUGGAGCUAUGUGGCCUCUAAGUUAUUACAGGUUCUAGGCUGUCUCUUCUAUGCCUACUAUGUGUUUGUACGCCUCUGCAUCCCACAGUUCCGCAGCAUCAGCCAGCAACAUUUUGACCUGCGGGCAAUGGUCCUGUGUGUGUUCAACUCUAUCCUGCCAGGAGUUCUGGUUCUCUUCUUGGCCUUCUUUGCCUUCCUGCACUGCUGGCUCAAUGCCUUUGCUGAGAUGCUGCGGUUUGCUGACCGGAUGUUUUACAAGGAUUGGUGGAACUCAACAUCCUUUGCCAAUUACUACCGCACCUGGAACGUGGUGGUACAUGACUGGCUGUAUUACUAUGUAUACUGUGACUUCCUAUGGAUGUCGAAGAAGAGAUUUCGGGCGGCAGGCAUGUUAUUGGUCUUCACUGUGUCUGCAGUAGUGCAUGAGUACAUCUUGGCUAUCUGCUUCGGCUUCUUCUACCCAGUCCUCUUCUGCCUCUUCAUGUGCUUCGGAAUGAUGUUCAACUUCAUUCUUCAUGACCGGAGAAAAGGCCCAAUUUGGAACGUGAUCAUGUGGACCGCUCUGUUCCUCGGUCAGGGGGUAAUCAUCUGCCUCUACUCCCAGGAGUGGUAUGCACAGCGCUACUGCCCCCUUCAGGAGCCCUCUUUCCUAGAGCUGCUGAAGCCACGUUCCUGGAGCUGUCACCUCCAGACCAACCCAGCAGUGGACUCUGAGGGGCUGUGAGUGACAUCACAUUGAACUACUGAACCGUCAACACUCGGCAAUCUAUUGAAUGUGUUUAGGAAGAGCACAACCUCCAGUUUCUUUCAAGCCUUUUUACUUUUGUUUUACUUUGUUUUUUUUGUUGAUAGACUUUGAUUUGCGUUAUUCAUUUGAAAGGGCAUGGAGUGGGUGUGAAAUAAUAAAAUGGCUUCUGUGUGAUGUCAUUCACAAAGAUGCCUUAUUUAUCCUUUUCGUUUUAUGAUGACAAUCCCAUUGGAAAUCAGGUUAACAUAGAGCACAUUGAAAUGUGAACAGUAACUUUUAUUUUAUUUAUACUUUUAUUUUCAGCCUGGAUACAAUUACCAUACUUUCAUUUGACAUGCACUUUCAAGGCCAAUAUUGUGAAAUGGCAGCUUUGCCCAAAAGUUUA